UACACCGUCCCGACCGUCAUCCUCGGCCAUUAAUCCAUCCCAGCUCCACUCAACAAUCCCAUUCAUCCCUCGAUAAGUACCCAAGUGACAUUCUCCCCUUCAACCCAACACCACAACUACUAUCGAAAUGUCCAGCACAGUAGACGGGGCAACUAGCCCACCCGCCGAAGUAAUGACAAUCGCCUCCCCCAUCAACCUCAUUCUUCUCACCCUCUUCAUCAUCCUCGUCUACCUCCAACUCCGUCCUAAAGCCCCCGUCUCCCUCCCCAAGGCGCCCCCACCCGUCGUCUUCCGCACCUUCACCCCGACUACCCUCCUCCCUUACAACGGCACCGGCGAUCAACCUGUCUACCUAGCCGUGCGCGGACGGGUCUUCGACGUGACGCCCGGUCGUAACUUCUAUGGACCCGGUGGACCCUACGAGAACUUCGCCGGCCGGGACGCUUCCCGGGGUCUCGCGUGCCAGAGCUUCGAUGCGGAGAUGUUGACCAAGGAUCUGAAGGGUCCGCUGGAUAAGCUGGAGGAUCUGGAUGCGGAGCAGCUAGAGAAUCUGCAGUCGUGGGAGGAGCGGUUCUCAGAGAAGUAUCUGGUUGUGGGGAAACUGGUGGCUGAGGGAGAGGAGGGUGCCUGAGUCAAGGAUGCGUGGGAAUGGAAUAGUAGUUUGAGAGGGCCAGGGAUCUCUGGGAGAGGAAGACAACCUAUGGCGGCUACUGCGGACGGAAGACUGAAGUUGAAAAUUCUAGGCGGUUUCAAGAGUCGUGUGGAGAAUAAGGUGUUGGCACUACUUGGCUGGAUGAGUUAUGAUUUUAUGGUCAUUCUAAACUGUCUCGUUUACUCGGCGA